GUUAAAGAUAGCUGAACGCGUUGACGGCGGGAAUCAUGCGAACACAAGCAGUCAAAAUUUUGUCAAUGCUUUGCCGCUCUUUAUGAAAUUGCACAUUGAGCAUGAAUGAGACGCUCAGUCCCUUUGGCAUUGCACUGCUACGUCAUUAGUCGCCCUUCACACCCAUCCGAAGUUGCAAUUGAAUACGUAAGCGAAAUUAGCACCUACCAUGCGCGAGCGCGUUUCCAAUCCUUUGGUAUCCAUCAUAGAUAACGUUCGCAAAGUUUGCAAAGACAGUGUUUCUUAUUCGAUUGAAAACAGCUCUGCACUGCAGCGCCGUUGUCGUCGAAAACUAUUACAGUUGUGCGUUUUGCAUGCAUGACUCUCACGUGACGGUAGCUGCCGGCUUCAAGUGUCUCGAAAUUCCGACGUGCUUUCGCGCUAAUCCUUGUUCACGGAAAGCGGUGUACGCACUUUUCAAGAUAGCGCUGCUGCUGACUUGUCUCAUGUGCCGGCUGUGGCGCAGCCGUGCAGCAACGAAUUCGGGGACUACCAUGCCGGACCCUGCGCCAACUACGGCAUCUUCCGAAGUACAGAGCCAAACUACCAACGUUGCUUCGGUGGAGUUCAGCCACCUUUUACAUGAAACAGACGUCAGCGUGUUCGAGUCUGCUGAGCGUGUUCUGCAGAUCUUGCAACUCGCCGAUGAGCGGUUCCGUGGAAACGACGCCCUUCCUUCUCUUACGGCCCCAUGCAACGGCGAUGGCGAGCGUACUCGGUGUUGGGCACUCAACUACCAGCAACGGUGGAACCAGCUAUUGAACGAUCGCGGCGUCGAAUUGAUAGAGCUUCCCGAGAACGCAUUCUUCUGCCGCACCCUGGGAAGCAUUUCCGAAGAGCUUCGAACUUCUGAAGACAUCCAGACACUCACCUUGUGCUUGUGGUUACUGCGCCAGCACCAAUGUGUACGUGGCGUGAGCAUGACCGCGUGCGUUGUAACGUCGCAACACUCUGCAAUGUUCUGGAAGCUUUUUCAGCUAAGUAAGCGUAUUACGUUGGUCGAGCUCCGAAAUGUCGAGCAUAACGUAGAGAGCCUCUCUAUUCGCAGCUUGUUCCGGGACACCUCGGAGCAUCUAAUCGAGCUCGUGCUAGCUGAUUUCUCUUUCUCUGAGUCAGACGCAAGUGACCUGGCAGCCCUCUUGGACCGCAGCAGGAGUCUCAGUAGACUAGUCCUGAUAAAUCUGAACGUUGAGGCACACUCACUGGACUCGAUUGUCGCAAUAAUCAAAGAUCACGAUCGACUCGAAGAGGUAGAACUGACAGAACGUCGAACGUCGACCGCAAGUAACACCGUUGCUCGACUGCUUGAAGCUCGCAUCACGAAACUGCACUUGAAUGUAGACUGCAUCUGGGAAGCAGCUUUGCAUGCCCUGGCCACGAAACUAACGCUCGCUGAACUCACGAUCACCUCGCGCUCGACGUUCCUUUCCGCUCUGAGUCCACUGGCGCUCGCAGUGGCCACUAGCGAAACGCUUAAAUGCCUCGAGCUUAUCUUGGACGCACCAUGCACAGUAGCCAACGAAAGUUACCCCGACUGGGAAGACCUUGCAGCCAUUAUCACGCAAUGCCAUGCGCUUCGCACGCUUAGAAUAAAUGUGCCUUCUUUGGUAGAUGCGGCUCCGGCGGCCAUGUCAGAUGCAAUUGCAGGGAAUCGGUCGCUGCAAGAACUUCACUUUGAUGGUUGUGUGAUUCCUUGCCACAGCGCGCUGGUUAUGUUAGAGGGUCUAUCGCGCAACUCGACACUACAGCUACUGGGCAUUAUGAAUACAGAUGGCGUUGAUGCGGAGUAUGAGCACUUGCUAUGGUUCAUGAUGAAGAACUCUUUGUGCCAUAGGGUUUCCGUUCGUUACGAGGGUUGUCAAGCUAAGCUGUUGGCGAAAGCCAUAGGAAACGAUGGAAUGCGAUUUCGCAAUUUUAAAUUUUUUUGCAGAUACGCUCCGGAAGCGAACGUUGUGUUUCAGGCUCUUCCUUGCCUCAAGGAUACUCUGACUACCCUGUCCAUCGAUAGCAAUGAAGAAAUAUGUGACACGGGCGCCGAGUCCCUAGCCAAACUUUUCAGUGACAGUCUGAUUCUAGAGAAUGUCGAGCUCGACUUUCCCUCAACUCCCGACACUUCACUGGUUUUACUCCAAGGUCUUGCACAAUCUCGCUCCAUCACGUCCCUCACCUUGAUCGGCUGGGCGAUCGGUGGGGCUGACGACGCAGUGCCACUCGCCUUUGAAGACCUGCUCCGCGUCAACUCGAGCAUCAUGGAACUGAUUCUUGUGCAAGGCGAUUCGGGAGACCUUGACAUUCUCCAGAAGCACCUUGCGAUAGGAUUGGUCGAAAAUCAUAGCGUCUCAGAGCUGAGCAUCUUGUACGGUCCCGGCGUUCUCGUGUUACGGGACACGGCUAUCAUGCAAUCGCUCCGCGUCAACCGCACGAUGGCGUCGCUUGCUGCCAGGUUGCUUUUGGGUGGGAGGCUUAGCAGAGGGGCUGUGCAUUCUCUGGAGCGAGUAAUAUCGUGUGAUUCAAUGAUGCCGAUUUUACGAUCUCAGGUGAAAUUGAGCAAUGACGUCAUCAAUGAGAAGCUCACAGAAGUACUGUCUAAGAUCCAAAGCGAACUUUUCAAGGUGGAGUGUCUGAAUAAGCAACGCGCAUGUCGCUCCCCGCCGCGUCAUGAUCAUAACAGCCAGCACUACGAACUCAGAAAUAUUCUUCUCAGUGAGAUUGGCAAAUACCUCAACCUUUCCGACGUUCCUUUAAAGCUGUGAUAGUACAAGUUCUGCUGUGUGUUUUGUACUACAUGAGCUGUAAUUUUUUUUACCGUUACCUAAUUAGCUCUAUACAUUGUUCGAGAAAACGUAACUUUUCUUUCCUGUGGUAAAAAAAAACAUUUUUUGCACAUAAUCAGUGUCAAAUGGUUCAUUGGUUCGGUCUUUAAUUAUCAUGCCAUAUCUUACUGUAUGGAAAUAAAAGGGUACGCUGUGGUGCUGCUAUUAAAGUGAUUAAUUUAAAAACACCAAGAAAUACUGUCAUUACUGGGAAUGAACCAUCUGAAACGUGGUGACGACUGCAUCUGUGCGCCACACAAAAGCCUCGCAUUGGAACUUUCCAUUGAGUUUUAGGCUGUAUAUAAUUGGUUUUACCUCGCCCGAAUAUUUCAUUACGGUUGUGGUAUACUCAAAACCACAUUCACAAAACUCGGAAAUCUGAUUGUUAUAACCGAUUAUCGUUACCACUAGAUCGAUCCCAAAACUGUUGUUCUAGAGGGUUUGUAGAUUCGCGCAGGCGUGUGCCGCUAGUUCCGCUAUCUUGGAUGGGCCAGUGUGUCGUAAGAGUAAACCUUAAAAAAAAAAAUUUCGUCCUACGGAUAUGUUUUCGGCCAAAACGCCCCACUGUAAAGAAAAAAAAAAACUGCAUGGUUGUAAUUAGCGCAGAGCCAAAACCUUAAUUUUAGAGUGUAAAUAAUAGAUGAAAUGUAUUAGGCUAUAUUCAAUCCAAUAAACAUUCAAAAUGUGUGGUUCUGUGACAGCCAGAGCUUGGCAUCACACUCUCCAAAUCGCGAAGCGCCCAUAGGUUGCGAAAACCUGUCUGUGCAUGCGCAAGUUUGUCGAACUUGCUUUUUCAUCGCUGUGGGAUAUUUAUACAUAUCUCUUUAGUGUUAAUAAAUAAGUUGA